AUGGCCGACUCAUCCUCUACAUCUUCCGGAGAGACAGCGUUGCUACUGGGCGCAACAGGUGCUGUAGGCUCCGAGGUCCUCUCCUCCCUCAUCGCCUCCCCGCACUAUACGACUAUCCACAGCUUCGUGCGUAAGCCCUCCUCUACCCCCUCCUCCUCCGACAGCAAGGUCAUCGAGCACGUGGUGGACUUUGAAAAGCUGUGUGAAGGAGAUGCCAGUCAGGUAGAGAAGUUCAUAGAGGUCAAAGCGGACAGUGUACUCAUUGCGCUUGGCACGACGAGGGCUGCAGCUGGCGGGGCAAAGCCCUUUGAGAGGAUCGAUAGGGAGUACGUCCUAGCCGCUGCCAAGGCCGCGAGAGUUGAGGGUGGAAAGCCUCAGAAAGUAGUAUACUGCUCUGCCCAGAUGGCGGACAGCACUUCUCGCUUCUUGUACCCAAAGUCGAAAGGUCUGACAGAAGAAGGUCUCUCCUCGCUCGGCUACAGCGAUGUGAUCCUCUUCCGUCCAGGAUUCCUUUAUGGCGCGCAGCGAGCCCAGCCGCGUCGCCUAGAGCACUUCUACGGCCUCCUCACCCACAAUGUCCUCUCCAAAAUCUCCGACUCGGCAGAGAUCCCCACGAGCGUGCUGGGCAAGUGCAUGGUCGAGGCUGUUCGAAUGGGAGCAGAGGGACUGAAGAGCAAGGGGAUUGGCAGCAAACCCAGUGGAGCUGCUUUGGCCGGUGGAGCGGGGAGUGUCGUAGUGAUCGAUAAUGGACAGGCGCUCAAGAUGGGCAAGACGCUGUGAAGGGUCGCAGCUCAGCAAGAUCGUUUACUUUAGGGGAUUAUGCGAGGGAGGGCCGCUUCACGACUGUCACAGUGUCUUGCGCUCCAAUAUACCGCUUCGCUUCUACAGUGGCUGAACGCGUCAUCUUUGCGUUUUCGUGACGAGACUGGUGAUGCUCUUGAUAUCUUUCUUACUCUCAUAAUCUCAG